AAGAAACCACUCUUUUCGCAACAAGCUUCGCCUCGUCCAGAAACCGUCGCUGUGCCACAUCUGUAGUGCCAACCGGUCCGUUUCUCUUGGCAGUUGGGCACUAAACCCUACUAAACAGAUUCCCAAAUUCGUGUUGCUGUACGAUUUGAAUUCUGACGUCAUGCGAUUUUGUGUGUGUUGCUAACGGCAACCGCGGUAAAUUUGAACGAGAGUCAUGCGAUCACGAAAGCACAGAAAGCUUGCCUUGAUCUGCGAUGAAGAGGUUUGAGUAAACAAACAAGUGUGUGUGGGGCAAGAAACCAACGUGCCCAAAACGUUUUACAAACGAUAAUGGACACUGCUCAGGCUGUGGGUAGCAUCACGCUGCAAGGCAGCGCUCAAAUCGUUGCAGAGUUCUUUGAUUACAGCAUUAACAAUAUAUUGUACCAGCGUGGCCUGUACAAUGAGACCUACUUCAGCCGAGAAACACACUAUGGACUACCGUUGAUGAUCACUAAGGACAAGGAGCUAAAGGACUACCUGAAGAAGGUCACCUCUAGCCUCGAAGGAUGGCUAGCGGCCGGGACAUUGUCACACGUUGUCCUGGUGAUCGAGGAUGUGGAGACAAAGGACGUCAUUGAGAGGUGGCAGUUCAACAUCAACUGCGACCAGAUACAGAAGACGACGUCUGAGACUGCACCGCCACUGAAGAAAAUUCAAGAGAGUAUUCGCAAUGUCAUUCGGCAGAUCGUCAGCUCUGUCACCUUUCUGCCGGUCAUCGAAUCGAAAUGUGAUUUUGACCUGCUGUUUUACACGGCAAAGGACGCCGAGCGGCCGGCCAGCAUGAGACUGACAGACGAGCGGCUUAUCGAGGGUGGCCAGGACGUGGCGCUGAGAGACUUUGACACUGGCUACCAUCGUGUGGACGGACGGGUCAGCUACAAGUGUGUGGAGUAGGGAACGUGCUGCUGCUGCUGAUGCUGGUUUUGCACCAACGCUAGUUUUCUUGAGCUGUGACCAGGGAGAGGUGCAUGUAAGUGCUGCUUGACACUCGUGAAUGCAUGGCACGCACAGAAUACCCCUCCGGCUGUGAGCUCUCCAAUGCGCUCCGAUGUUUCCUCCUCGUGGUCCCGGCCGGCUAUGUCGGAGUUCAGAGUGUGACAUCAUCACCCGCCACUGCUGGUUCUCAGCGUAUUUGGACGCUCACCCCUCGUUGCCAUGACGCAGUCCUCUGACCCGGCCAAUCGCCUCGCUGGGCCGAUAGUAUGGCUGCCUAACAUUGGCAUAUUUGCCAACGUCUUAUUGAUGCAGAGAUAAACUUCGGAGUUGAGCGCUUUUUCUUCUUCUUUUCAUUUGAGUUAUUUCUCUAACAUCCGUGCUAUUUUUGAAUUGCAGACUGUGAGCACAUGUACAUAUUGUCAUAUUCGCAUCACUGGUGCUUGUCGCCCACGGGUACGUGACGUUUGAAUGUCGGCACUGUCGGAUCUUGUCUCUGCGCUUUGCUGCCGCGGAGGAUCUGUGAACGGGUGACUUUCGCUCGGCCAGUUUUUUCUUCUUCUUCUCAUGUCGCUGUCCGUUGUCUGGCUGUUGGCCACCCCAGCUGCUGUGCUAACUUCUUGUAUCGUUCUCUCGCAUGCAGCAACAGUUUUAUGGGAUCUGUGCGCAAUGAGCAUCGCAUACCGUUGCUGUUGAGAGUUCUGCCUGUACAUAUGCCACCUUGUGCUGUAAUUAUGCUGUAGUUGUUCACUACUUUCUCUAGUGCCAGGAGUCUGAGGACAUGGUUUUCCGUCCGCCUGUGAGAUUGCAGUCGCAGGAUUUAUGCAGUGA